UUUACGCACCAUCCUUGCUUUCCCCUUUUUCGCUUCACCAAAACACAACGCUCGGGUUCUGUGUUCCGGCGAAGCGACACCGUUUAAUACUUCGUCUUCUCAGCGCAGCAUCUAGCAGGUUGUUGAAAACAUGGCCAAGCAUCAUCCUGAUUUGAUUAUGUGCCGCAAGCAGCCAGGGAUUGCCAUUGGACGAUUGUGUGAGAAAUGUGACGGCAAGUGUGUGAUCUGUGACUCUUAUGUGCGUCCUUGUACACUUGUCCGAGUAUGUGAUGAAUGCAACUACGGAUCAUUUCAGGGUCGAUGUGUCAUAUGCGGAGGAGUAGGAAUAUCUGAUGCCUACUAUUGCAAGGAAUGCACACAGCAGGAGAAAGAUAGGGAUGGUUGCCCCAAAAUUGUUAAUUUAGGGAGCGCCAAAACUGAUUUAUUUUAUGAACGCAAAAAGUAUGGUUUUAAGAAAAGAUGAUAAGGAUAGAUUCCUGAGAUGUUUGUAUUUCUCUCGUCCUCUGUGUUUUGCUCGGAUAUAAGAACCAUAGUAUUUGAGACCUUGUGCUUGUAAACUUCUAUAUGAUACAAUUGUUGAGGA